AUGGGGGUUCAGUCAUUAUGGGAUAUAGUAGGACCAUCCGCAAGACCUGUUAGAUUAGAAGCGUUGUCUCGAAAGAAACUUGCAGUUGAUGCCUCAAUUUGGAUCUAUCAAUUUUUGAAAGCUGUUAGGGAUAAAGAAGGUAACGCGUUACAUGCUUCACAUAUUGUUGGAUUUUUCAGAAGAAUUUGUAAAUUAUUAUAUUAUGGGAUCUUACCAAUAUUUGUAUUUGAUGGAGGAGUUCCAGCUUUAAAAAGACAAACUAUAAAUGAAAGGAAAAGUCGAAGGCAAGAGAAAUCUGAAUCAACUAGGGAAACAGCUCAAAAACUAUUGGCGAUUCAACUACAAAGAGAAGCUGAGGGUUCGAUAGCUCCUAGAGUACAAAAGAAAUCAAAAUCCAAAACCCCAGAUAAUGAUGACUACGACGAUGAUGUGAUAUAUUUUGAAGACUUACCUGGAAAUCAAAAGGUUCAUGUUGAAAAAGAAGAAUCUUCAAAGCCGAAGAAAUCAGUAAAAUUUAGGAAAAAAGACGAAUACCAUCUACCGGACUUGCAUGAAUUCAAAGUUUCUAGGCAUGAUCAAAGAAUAAUGCCAGAUGAUGAAAUUAUUGAUUCUUUAGAUGAUUUUGAUCAUGUUGAUGGUAUAAACAUUAAUGAUGUAGAUCCAAAAUCAAAAGAAUUCUCAAGAUUACCCAUUGCUACACAAUAUAUGAUAUUAAAUCACUUGAGAUUAAAAUCAAGAUUGAGAAUGGGAUAUAGAAAAGAACAAUUGGAAGAAUUAUUUCCUAAUUCAAUGGACUUUUCAAAAUUCCAAAUUCAACAAGUUCAAAAAAGAAAUUUUUACACUCAGAAACUAAUGAACGUUACUGGAAUGGGGGAAGAUGUAAAUGUGGAAAAAAGAAUAGCUGGAGACAAGGAUAGAAAAUACGCGUUAGUUAAGAACGAUGAUGGAUGGACCUUAGCUCUUCAAGGUGGUGAAACUAGUAUAGAAAACCCUAUUCAUGUUUUUUCAGAUGAUGAGUUGAAAGAGAAAGUUGAUAAUUUAAAGCGUGAUCAACAUACUCAACCAAUAACAGUGAAUGAUGCAAGUGAGGAUUCUGAUGACGAAUUUGAAGAUGUACCACUACAAGAACAACAAGAGUCUGAAGCAGAUAAAGAAGUGCAAGCAGCAAUUAUUAAAUCAAUUUAUGAUCAAUAUGAUACUAAACCAACAAUACAAGAAGACGAAGAAAAUGAUUUGAGGAAAGCUGUAGAUGAGAGCAAAGAGGAAUAUUACAAAAUGAUGGAAGAGGAAAAGCAAUUUGAAAAUAAGGUUUCGUCAAUUGAUUUCAGCUCAUCUUUAUUGUUUUCAAACCCCAAAACAGCAAAUUCUAAUCCCAAAGAUCAAAUUGAUUUCACGUCAUCAUCUUUAUUCGCUCAACCUACUCAGACCAACCAAAUACCAAAAGCAGUUGCUUUGCCUGAAGCAAAGAAUGCAAAGAAAAGUCCCGAGAAAUCAAAAGUUACUACGAGGACACCUCAGAAAGAAGUAAGUUCGAAGAAUGAAUUAAAGAAUUCGUUCAUGUUUCAACCCGAGGAAUAUCAAACUGGUAAAAUCGAAAUUACUAAAGGCAAAGAUGAAAAACGAGAGGAAUUUGUGAACGAACCAAAAAAAUAUGAACCAGAAGAUCUGGAUCUAGACUCUUCUGAUGAUUCGAUUUUUAUUGCCGAAAAGUCUAAAACUAAGAGUAAGGAAAAAUCCAAGAAAGCUAAGAAAGACAUGUACAAGUUACCAACAAUUCCAAAAAAGCCAGCCAAAGCAGGUCAACAAAACCCACUACCUAGCUGGUUUCAAGACGAGGUUAAAAGAACUUUAAAUCCACACAAUGAAAAGUUUGUUGCAGAUGAUGGAAUAACGAAAGAAGGUAAAAAGAAUGAAGAGGAAGAUGCUGGUUUGAUUUCUUGGUAUGAAGCUAAACAAUAUUUGGAUAAAGAUAACGACAACAGAGUUGAUGAUGAUGAAGUCCAAGAGGUUAAUCCUAAUUUUGAUGCUGGACCAACAUUGUCACACGAAAAUAAUGUAGUUCAUGAUGAUGAGGAGCAAGAGAAACUGGCAAAUAAAAGGAGACCGGCAGUUAUUGAUUACGACUUUGAGGAAGAAGAUGAAGACAACUUAAUUAAACAAUUACAAAAUGAAGAAUUUGAUCAUGAAAGUUUGAGAACUCAAAUUGUUUCAUCACAGAACGUACCUAUUUCAUCAAUUGAAACUCGAAUAACAGACGAACAAUUAUUACAGGAGAAAUUAGCAAAAGCAAAAAGGGAUUCAGAUGAAGUUACUGAAAAUAUGAUUCAUGAUGUACAAGAAUUGUUGAAAAGAUUUGGAAUUCCUUUUAUUACAGCACCUAUGGAAGCUGAGGCACAAUGUGCUGAACUAUUGAAGAUUGGAUUAGUAGAUGGUAUAAUUACAGAUGAUAGUGAUUGUUUCUUAUUUGGUGGUGAUAAAAUUUAUAAAAAUAUGUUUAAUCAAAAACAAUUUGUGGAAUGUUAUUUCAAAGAUGAUGUUGAGCAAAAAAUUGGUUUAUCACAAGUAAAUUUGAUAGAGUUAGCAUUGUUGUUGGGAAGUGAUUAUACAGAAGGUAUCAAGGGAAUUGGACCAGUGUUGGCUAUGGAGAUUCUAGCAGAGUUUGGGAGCUUGAAAAAUUUUAAAAAAUGGUUUGAUUUACAUACAAAAUCAAAUAAAGAUAAAAAGGAGUUAAAUUCAUUGGAAAAAAACUUGUUAGCAAAAGUUAAAAAUGGUAAAUUAUAUUUACCUGAUGGAUUUCCUGAUAAAGUAGUAUUUGAGGCAUACGAAUUACCUCAAGUUGAUUCUGAUAGAAGUGAAUUUAAAUGGGGAGUACCAAAUUUAGAUCAAAUUCGAUCAUUUUUAAUGUUUAAUGUUGGUUGGACACAAGAACGAGUUGAUGAAAUAAUGAUACCCUUAAUACGAGAUUUGAACAAGAAGAAAGCAGAAGGAACCCAAUCAACUAUUGGAGAAUUUUUCCCACAAGAAUAUAUCCAAAGUAGAAAAGAACUUACAUUGGGUAAAAGAAUGAAGACAGCUGCCAAUAAAUUGAAUAAACGAAGAAAAGUAUAG